AUGUGGGCAUUCAAGCUGACGUGCACCCAGCCCGAGUGCCUCGGCCACAAGCUGACUGGCGCCGGGCUGUACAAGACCGUCCGGAGGGUCUUGAGCAUUGACGGUUGGUACGACAUGGCCACGGAGUACCUGGAGUGCCGUCAGUGCAAGAAGAAGGUGGCUGGCUGGUCCGGUCAUGUGCUGAAUCAGCUGGAUCCAGCUCAUCGGAGCCUCUUCCCGGCGAUUCUCACGUACCGGCUGUCUUGCGACAUGAGGGUGCUGAGGCUGAUGCGGGAGCGCACUCUGGGAAACAGUGCCACCCAGCUGUACAAUACGCUGUGCGAACAGCACAGCGAGGCCUGGAUGCAGCGGUCCCUGCAGUACCUCGCCGAGUUCGAGCCCUUCCUGGCCCAGGGCAUCGUGCAGCCUAACAUCAUCGCACCCCCUCCCAUGCUGCCGGUGCCCAGACCCCGAUGGCUGCUGAGAGUGUACAGCUACGACGUCCUCUCGCGGCUUGAAGAGGUCAAGGCCAGGGUCACCUCCACGUUCGGGUCCAUCCUGAAAAUUGACUCGACCAAGAAGGUGACAAAGAAGCUCGCGGGUGCUGCUGCCGGCACGGCUGCCUGGUCCACCAACGUGGGGAACGAGUUUGGGCAGGUCCUCAUGUCCGUGCUGACCUCGCACGAGGGUGAGGGCCUGCUCCCCAUGGCUAGCGGGCUGAUGCAGCGGUACCAGAAAGCUGGCGAGGCUCCCCCUAAGCUCCUCUACGUGGACCGCGACUGCUGCUCCCUUGGCGGGGUGUCGAAGGCUGCUGCCAUGUUCCCGGAGUGGGACCAGCUGGUUGUCCGGCUCGACGUGUGGCACCUGAUGCGCCGGUUCGCAGCAGGCUGCACCACGGAGAGCCACCAGCUGUACGGCACCUUCAUGGGGCGGCUGUCUGCCUCCAUCUUUCAGUGGGCCGAGGAGGACGUUGCCCUGCUGAUGGAGGCCAAGCGGUCGGAGCUCGAGGGGAAGCGGCGGGUGUUCGGCCUGACGGACGCCGAGGUCUCGCGCCGCAUCUCCAAGAAGGAGCUGGCUCUCCACUGUCGCCGCCGGACUCGGGGAGCGGAGGAGACGGCACGGCUCUUGGCGGAGCUGAUUGAGACCUUCGACGGCGAGAAGGGUCUGGACACGAUGGGCAUCCCGCUGCUGGACCACGACCGCAUCCAGGCCAUCAGGCUGGUGCAGAGACGUCACCUCCAAUGCAUCCAGGACCCCCCAGGUGUACAGCUGUACACCAAGAUCGGGCAGCUCAAGAAGGGAGGCGUGACGCUUCCGGUCUACCGCUGCGCGCGCGGAUCGACUUCCUUGGAGUCUUUCCAUCUCCACCUCAACCGCUUCAUCCCAGGUACCAGUGCAAGUGCCAUGCACUUUCAGGCGUACCUGCUGGAGGGGCUGGUGAGGUGGAAUGAGGACCGCGCCGCAGCUGCAGUGGAGGGACCAAGACAGAUCCUGCACAGCUACAGUGGCUCCCUGCAGCACGCCCUCAACAGAUUGAGCCAGAAACUUCUUGGCUGCAGUCUGGUUGAGGAUUUCACCAAGCCUGGCGAGUAUACAGGCGAGCUUAUCGGAGUUGAGUACCUGUACUCGCAGACAGGCAGCGUGCUGCAGGCCGUCGACUUGGAUCCGGACGCUCCGGACGAGGCUGCAGAUGAGGAUCUGGACGUUGAGGAUGAGGGGUUUGAGGAUGACGUGGACGACGAGGUCGAGGACCCCACCAUCACUGGCCUCGUUCACCCGCUGGCAGUGCCAUCUGCGCCCCAAGUCUCAGUCGUUCCGGUCGACGUUUCGUGGCCUUCGUUGCCCCGGAAACACCAGCGCCAGGCGUCUCCUCGGCCGUCUCCCCGGACGUCUCCUCGGCCGUCUCCGCGGCCGUCUCCUCAGGCGUCUCCUCGGGCUCUCACUCCUGCUGGUUCACCUGUGAGAGAUCCUGAGGAGUCAUAUGGACCUGAUGGUGCCCCCGGGUACCAGCACGUCCAGCGCCUGGCCAGCAGUCUGGUGAGCCUGCGUGGCUUGGCCUGUCUGACAGAGCAGAAGGUAGAUGAGCUGAUUCAGCUGUGGAGUCUCCUCCCCAAGGCAGAUAAGCAGCGUCUCACCUACCCUGCCCGUCACCAGGACAGGCUGAUUCAGGGGCGAUUCAAGGCAACGAAGGCCACCUCCUCUGUUACCCCAGGCACGGACAGCCUGAAACGGUGCCUGCUCGGACAGGGCUCGGGACCUGCCCAGUGGCCACAGACGAGCAGACUCGUCGAGGCCAUCUGCAUCCAGCUCUGCCGCCUCCACCCAUCCCCCACCAAGUCCAAAGGUGUGAGGACUUCCCGAUGGGCGUCUAUCCUCGGCGACUACUCCAAAGUCCGAGAGCUGGUGCUGGGCAGCCCGAGGCUCAUGGAGAACACCACCCUCCAGCUGUUCGAGUUGAAUCAGCACACCCUUUCUCAAUGGCACAACAAACGGCAGAAGGGGCAGGAGCACGCUGUCCUUCAACAGGGGGUGGCACCCCCUAGCGCCAGCGCAGUGGACCCAGAGCCUCAACAGCAGCCGCGCCCGCUGCUACAGGAGGGCAUGACAUACGGACACCAGCCGUAUGUAUUUCCAUGCCCCCCAAACACUGCGGGUCAGGCAAAGCAGCGGAAACACCCUGGGGCCACAGCGCAGACCGCAGUCCUAGGCCCCUCGGCCACCCCUGACCACCAGCUGGCGACACAAGAAGAGGGCAGAGGAGGAGGAGAGGGGCGCCAACACCGGGAAGAGAAAGUAUGA